AUGGCAGACCCAGCACUCCAUCCGGAGACUCCCUCCCUCCACAAAACCCAGCCCCUCAAGCAAAUCGAUAUAGACUACACCCCAGACGCCUGCACACACUGCACCGACUCCAACACCAUCACAGUCACCUUUGACCACCGCGGCGGCGCACGGUGGCAUACCCCUACCCGGUUCCUCUUCGGCACCUUCAACGCCCUCAUUCAGUGCCCGUGUGGCAACACCAGCGGCCUCAACUUCAACCUUUAUCUUUCCUCCCUAGAAGGUGACAAGUCUCAGGACGAGAUCGACUUCGAGUUUCUUGGUAAGGACAUGACCAUUGUCCAGACCAACUACUACACCGAAGGGGCUGGAAACAAAAAAGAGAUCCAUAACCUAUGUGGGAUCUCUCCUCUCCAAAAUAACCUAGGGUUCAACUGUUCCAAAGGAUUUCAUGAGUACGUAAUCAAGUGGAGGAAGGAUGUGAUCGAGUGGUUUAUAGAUGGGAGAAUGGUGAGGAGGGUUGAAAGAAAAGAGGGUGAGGGUUUCCCAAACAAGCCUAUGUAUUUGUAUUCGUCGGUUUGGGAUGCUAGCUACAUUGAUAAGGGGAGGUGGACUGGGAAGUACGUUGGGUGCGAUGCGCCUUAUGUUUGUGUUUAUAAGGAUAUUCAUGUCCCUGUUAAGAGUGCUGUGGAGGGUUAA